CUUCCGCCUUCCCCCUUCCCUUUACGAGGAAUUAGAUGCCGUUGCUGCUUCUCCAUCUGCUUGCUGCAUCUCUCCCGCUUUUUCUUACCUUUCCACAAACCUGCGGCCACUCUCAAUCAGGUCACCUGCUACUUCUUUCUACCCACUUUCCGCCCAAUCCUGUCCUAUCCCGUCUUGUCUUGUCUUCCAUCCAAGAGGAAAGAGAGAGGGAGAGAGAGAUAGAGACGGGCGAUCCUAGGAAGGCGCUUGGUCUAUCACCGUUACCUUACCUACCUACCUUACCUUAGAUCCAUACUCAAAUUCAACCUUUCUUCAUCCUCCUACCUUUACUCUUAUCGCACCCGCGCAUAUCAU